AUGGCGGACCACACUGCCCCAAAGCUCGACCACGAGAACCACCUUCUCCUCGAACAGCCUCUCCUCCGCCUCCCUUACGAGCUCCUCCGCAAGAACCUCCGCCUCGCUCACUACGAGGUUGAAAAGGAAGGCACCCACGUCAAGAACGCCCUCAAGGACACCGCCACCGCCUGCGUCAACGGCCGCGCCUCGCAGCAGGAUGUCCUUAACAGCCUCGACAGCAUGAUCGCCCGCAUGCGCGGCGUCAAGCGCAAGCUCCUCGCCUUCUCCGAGGAGGAGCAGAGGCUACACCGUCACGAGGAGGCCCGAGUCCGUCACCUUGCCGAGCUCUACAGCAUCCACAGCGUCGAGGACGUCAAGUACGAUGUCUGGAGCCGCACCCGUCUUGAUCGUCUGCUUGUUGACUACCUUCUGCGCCACGGCCACAACGGCAGUGCCAGGGCUCUGGCCGAGGAGAAGAACAUCGAGCUCCUUGCCGAUGUCGAGACGUUUGAGCAGAUGAGCAGGAUCAGGAAGAGCCUGUUGAACAGGAGCGUGACGGAGGCUCUCGCCUGGUGUACUGCAGGUGACACCAAGAAAGAGCUGCGCAAGAUCAACAGCAAUCUCGAAUUUAUGCUUCGCUACCAACAAUAUAUCGAACUCGUUCGAAACAGGUCACGCUCUCGGCCGAGCGACGCCCUCAACCAUGCCCGCAAGUAUCUCAUGCCGCACAAGGACACUUAUCGCAAGGAGGUUCUACGAGCAUGCGGCAUGCUGGCCGUGAGCCCAUCCUCCGCCCCACGAGCAUACGCAGACCUAUACUCAGACGACCGGUGGAAGACCCUUGCCGACCUUUUCACCACAACGCACAACAACCUCCUCUCUCUACCUUCGAUGCCCCUUCUCCACGUCGCAUUGUCGUCGGGAUUGUCUGCCCUGAAAACACCAGCAUGUCACAGCACACACCACCCAGCGUCGACAGCCGCACCGCCGAGCCACGCCACUUCCCUGUCUCUCGCCACGAGCGUCUGUCCAAUCUGCAGCACCGAGCUCAAUGAGCUGGCCCGCAAUGUUCCCUACGCUUUCCACAGCAAGAGCCAUGUAGAGCACGACUUGCUGCUGCUUCCCAACGACCGUGCCUAUGGGAAAGCAAGGCUCGAGGAGUACGCGAGGAAGGCUGGCCUUCCGGAAACUCAGAUCAAGGACCUCCGGACGGGCGAGUUGUUUGAUGUCGACAAGCUCAAGAAGGUGUACAUUACUUGA